AGGCAGCCUUCGCGCGCCGGUGGAUUCCAGUGAGCCAGCGCGGUGGCCCCAGCCGGCAGGGCAGACAGCCCAGGGCCGAUGCGACGGCCACCUCCGGGGCCAGCGACGCUCCUGGGGCAUGAGGGCGACAUGCGAGGCCUGAGGAAGCGGGGACCGGGACCGGGACCAGGAGAGUCAGGAGACUGCGGCUCUGAGGUCGGGGGGCGCGAGGAGAGCAGGCAAAAGAGGAGGACGGAGGCCCAGGCGUCUGGGAGAGAAUCGGUGGAGAGCGACAAGUCGGGUGAGGUGCCCCGGGCUGGGCAGGCGGGGAAGGCCGAGGCCAGGAGGCAAGUGGAGGGCCCCCAGAGCCAGGUGGGCCCAGAGGUCCUGCUGGGCUUAGAAGCUGAGAAGGAGGCGGAGCUCCCCUUGCAAUCGGGAAAGCACACAAAGGAAAAAAGAAAAGUUACUGAAGCCUCAAGCCAUGAUCUACAGCCAGGGAUUGACCUGGUAAGAAAGGAAUCACUAACCAGUUCCGAAUGUUUUCAAACAGUGGAGUGCAGUGAAUUUCAAAAUAUGGCUUUCUUGCAGUCUUUGGGUAAGGAGGGCUUGGUAGAAGGUAUUAAAAGAAGAUUUCAAGUUAAAAAAUUUAAAAACAUAGAAAGCCCUCCUCUCAUAACUGAAAAUAAGACUCCACAAAAUAUUAAGGUUGAAUUCCAAGAUGAACUGUACAAGAAUAUGCCAAAAUAUUCUUGUAACAGCUUGUCACCUGGAGUAGAAACUAAUUCCAUUUUAAAAUUACAUGAUUUCAAUUGUUUCCCCCAUUCCAAGGGUUGGAAUGAUGAAAACAACUUUGCAUAUAAACAUGAUGGUGGAUGUAUGCAUGUGCCAGAAAGCUCCUCGAAGAAAGAAAACCUUAGGAGUCUUACAGAGAAGAGUGACACAAAUAAUAGUUCUCACCUUUUACAAACUGAAGAAAACUUAAUGGGAGUAAAUAAUCUCUUGCUUAAAGAAACUGAUUUAUACCAAAGUAAAAAUAAUGGCUUGCUCUCUGGCCUUCAAAGUGAACAUACUAAAUGUUUAAUAGAAGACAGUAGUAUUGGGAGAAAACCCAGGAAAAGGAUAAAGUCUGAAAAAGAAAUGGUUCCUGAGGUGAACUUCUCUAAUGUGUAUAACAAACCUGAGUUGGUAUUACAUGAAAACAAAACAGUUGCCGAAGGUAAAGAAGCAGAGACUGUAGAGGGUGAAAAAAGUCCUUUAAAAGAUUUGAGAAAAGCAACCCAUAAUACACUCUCUCCAAUCAAUCACUUAAGUAUUCCAGAAACAGUGGGGGAGAAACCAAGUCCUGAACAUCAUGUAAAUGUUAUGUUUCAGAAAACCCAUGAGACACUUUUAAAAGAAGGAACAAAGAAUGCUUCAGAACCCUUAGGUUGCAAAAACAUGGAACCUGAAGAGUAUUUCAAGUCACUAAAAAGCCCAAUAAUGAAAUCACCUAGUGAUUACCAUCCUAUUGAAAAAAAAUCUUCACGAGAAGACUUGAGAAACGAAUCUGAAGAAUCAAAGUUAAGCUGUCACAGAACAAUACCAAUGACUGGUAAAAGAAUUUGGCCUUUUUAUUCAUGUGCUAGAAUAUCUGCCCAGUGUUGGAAAAAAGCCUCCUUGCCAGAAUCAAACUUCUUUCUUCCUGGAUCUCAGGAAAGUUUGAAGCAAGAUGAUUUUCCUAAACACCAAACAGAUCAAACUCAUUCAGCUGAUUCCAAAUUGUCAUUACAAAGUUCCUUAACAGAAACAAAUAGCGAAUCUUCAAGUAAGGAAAAAUUGAAUUUUGAUUUAAAUGGUUUGUCUUCAGUCUCUGCAGUAGAACCUAUUUUAACAGAUAGAAAGCAACCUAUAAUCAAUGGUGAUAAAAAGAUGAAGUCAGAAGAACUGCGCAGAAGUGGGUCAGAGAUAGUUUCUAAUAUCACUGAAGAUACUCAGUUAAAUAAUGUGACUCAAAGAUUAACAGGAAGUAAAAAAAAAGAUAGAGGGAAUUUAACAAAACUUCAUUUGACAGUGGCAUCCCAGGAUAGCCAGGAAGCAAAUAACCCUCCAGGCAGAACUGUUCAUCGAAAAGCAUGCCUUGCUAAACAAACACUUGUGGUUCCAGACUUAGUUAAAAUAUUGAACACAGGACGACUGACUAAUUUUAAAAUUCCUUUACUUAAGAAUAAAGCAGCAAAAAGAAAAGACAUAAAAGCCAAGUCAUCAGAGAGAGAUGCCUAUAGUCCCUUAGAGCUUCUUGAUAAUUUAUCUGGAGCAGAGGUAAGACAGAAUAGGAAUAAAGAAAACAUCUCCACAGUAACUUCAGCACCUCAAUCUUUGAAGAUACAGAAUAAUCUAACUCCAGUGCAAACUAGUUCUGCCUCGUGCUGCAGUAAAAAUUCCUAUGGUAUUUCUCCAAGCUUUUUAAAGCAAGAUAAUGAUGAUAAUCCAUCUAACCACAUCUCUGAACCAGGCCAUAUUAUUUCUAAUAAAGAAGCUAUUUCUCUCACAGUUAAAAAUAAUCCUUUUUCUUUUGAUCCUGGGUAUAUAGAGAAAAGUUCUGCCUUCUGCUCUAAUGAACAAGAAAUAUUUGAACCAGUUUCCUCUGAAGUGAGUGGUAGAAAACUGACUAAGAAUUUUUCAGAAAUUAAAGUGGGAUUUCCAGAUAUUCUUAAAGCAUAUGAAGAUGAUGUCCUCUUAAUUGAUGUAAUUCAAGAUGACCCAGACCUCUUUGGAGUCUCUAGUGAAGGAGAGCUCUCGCUUACUUCAGAGGUCCCCAUGAUAAGCCAGGAACCCAGUGUUGCUGAAGAGCACCAAUCAGGAGACUCCAAGCACAUGGAACUUGCAGAACAAAAAGAACCACGCGAUAAUUUGAGAGAACUUCCUAUAUUGGAUCCUGAAUUGAUGAUUUCAGAAGUCUGUGCAUCCUCCUCAGCAGCAAAUGAGAUAAAGCAUGAGUCCAAAGAUGCAAAUCUUACCAUGGGAGAAGUUACUGCGGAGACCUCUGAAGAUGAAAAACUGGGAGACUUAAGUGAACAAGUAAAAAGUCCAGACUUGGAUGAGAAGUGUAGCUUUCCAGACAAGGUGAUUAUUAAAGAAGAAAAAGAAAAUGUUUAUGAAGCUUGCAAAAGCAAAGAUUCAAAAAAUGCAGAGGUUAUGGUUGGUGACUGUCAGUUAGCAGCACUGGGGUCCAAACCUCUGUGCUUAUCAGUGCCACCAUUGAAUCUAAGUGCUCAUCAAGAAGACGCACUACUGAAGCCUUGGAUGAAUGAUUUCAGAUUUCCAGGAAAACAUUCUGUCCUCAAGCUGCAAAAUCCUGAAACUUGUGAAAUAUUUAAGAGGGAAAAAACUGUAGGGGUGUUCCAAAAGCCACUAGGGUUGAUGAUACCCCAUAGGUACUGCAAAUUUCAUUUUAAUACAUUACGUGGCUGUGAGAGAUCACAAUGCAAAUUUACUCAUGUGCCUGAACAAGGGGAUGAAAAGGUUUGCAUGGAUGUGCUUAAGAAAUAUAUAGGUAUGAAUGAACUAUGUUUGCUACAACGUGCAGUAAAUAUGUUUAUGGAUUAUUACAGAAAAUUUCCUCCAGGUGUACACUUUGAUAUCCACGUAUUCAAUGACUUUCUAAGUUCUUUACUCAAGCAUUGUUUACUGAAGGAAGUGUUCCAGAUAGUGAAUCUCAGCAUAAUGGUUAAAAUGCUGCCUGCUAUGAAAGUAUUAAUAAAAAUAUUUGAGCAUGUGACAACUAUGAAGUUAAGGAAUGCUGUACCUGCUUUAAUUGAUAUCUUUUGCAAGAUGACUGAAGUUGGGAUGGUGCUUGACCCAGAACACUUUAACUACAUUGUUAAGCUGUUAUACCAAGUACAGGCUUCUAAACAAGAAAUAACAGCAGUUCUGGAAAUGAAAUCAAGGUUACAGAUGAGGCAGUUUAAAAAGAACUGGAAGUGUGAUUUAGAAUCAGCCUUGAAUGAAAUAGAGCACUGUAAAGAAAAAGGUGAUUGGACCAAAUUGGGAAAUUUAUACAUUAACGUAAAAAUGAGCUGUGAAAAAUUUGCAGAUUUUCAGAGAUUUUGUGCUUGUGUUGCUGAAACACUAACAAAAGACUAUAAAGAAGAGAGACCAGGUGUUCCAUUUUGUGAAUUUGCUGAAAUAGUUAGCAAAGAUCCACAAAAUCAAGAAGCAGAUAAAACACUGCUGGGAAGAAUCGGAAUCAGUGCUAUGUACUUCUAUCACAAGCUGUUGCAGUGGUCCAAGGGAAGGAAGGUCUUAGAUAAACUAUAUGAAUUAAAAAUACAUUUUACAAGUUUAAAAGGACUCACAGGGCCUGAGAAGUUAGCACCAAGAUGUCAGAUUGUGAAUAUAGCAGCAGAAAUAUUUCUAAAAAGUGGAAGUCUCGAUGGUGCCAUUUGGGUACUAAGGGAAUCAGAAUGGAUCAUCAGUACACCACUAUGGCCUUGUGAUAGGCUGGAUGUACUCAAUCGACAUAAUCUGCUCUGCACGAUUGCACAUGAAAUCUUAGCCAAGAGCCUUUACAGACAGACAUUUGAAGUUUUGCAAAAUCUACCAGGUUUUCAGAAUUCUCAAGAAACUGUGGAGGUAUCACAGUAUAGCCUUCUUUUUAAUAAACUUCUAGAUGCCUGUAUAGAGAGCAGCAGUCUUGGUAUGUCUUCCUCCGUAGCAGAGUUCAUGAUUUCAAAGAGCAUUCCUAUUGAUUUUUCCUUUCUUAGAAGAUUAAUUACUUCUUUAGGAAGGAGUUGUUUAUGGCUCAAAGCUAGAGCCCACUACAAAAGUGCUCUUUCAUUGGGUUGCUACCCACCAUUGGAGGGAAAUUUAUACCGAAAACUUCUUCUGAUUCCUUCUUAUUUAUCUGAGAUUGAAAUGCUUUUAGCUAUUGAAAUCUUCCUGGUAUCUAAUGCUAGUAGUAUUCAGAGUCCUGGAAAUUCUACACAGAUGCUGCAGAUAGUUUUGAAAAGAUGUGAAGAAAGCAAAUCUCGGAGCAAGGAUGAUUAUCAAGCUGCCGUGGAAAGAUUAAUUAUGGCUGCUCGGAUAUCGGAUCCAAAGCUUUUCAUUAAGCACAUGACUGUCAAUGUUAAUAAGGAACAGGUUUAUAGUUUGGAACAUUGUUCUGCCCUUAAAUGGUUGAAAGAGAAUAUGAAAUGGGCUGGAAAGGUUUGGCUUUUCAGUAACCAUUAG